AUGUCGCCCAUGGCUCCCCACAUUGCUGAGGAGCUGUGGGAACUUACGGGACACAAAGGAAGUGUUCACUCGAUCGCCUGGCCCGAAUGGGACGAAGAGCUUGCUGCCGAUGAAGUCAUCACACUUGUAGUCCAAGUGAAUGGGCGUGUGCGGGAUAAACUCGAAGUAGCAGUAUCCAUUGCCGAAGAGGAUGCCAAGGACGCAGCUCUUCAGAGCAGUCAGGGUUGCUCCGCACAUUGA